GAUCGUCAUGCGCAUCUGGAGGGAGUCUUGAAAUGGAAUACCAGUCUCGGGUCCUACCAUGGAAUGAAAGAGAAGCCCUGGCAUCUGUCAGGCCUCGCCUCAUGUUGUUUUAUUACACUCUGCAUCGACUUUUCACCACCUGCUGGCAACUUGAAGUCCUUGCUUUCCCUCCGUGCCUUCUUCUUUGGCCGAAAAGACCCACGGUCGGGGAUCAACAAGGGUUCAAAGUGGAAUGGAUCCCUGGGAUUUGGGAAUUUCCACCCCGGCCUUGUCCCAGCGAAAAUGCAACUUGCGCUGGUGCCCAUUGGCUGGUGGCUGAAUCCAGGACCACGGGCAGGGAAUCGUGAGGUCAGGCAUCAUGAAGGGGCACAGUGGGAAAAUGGACCACUUCGACGAUACUAUGCAGGAUACAGAAUGCUAUGCAGUAGCCUUCACUCGGCAUUUGGUUCUAUUGAACACUUGAACCACUCUUUGGGUUCGACCCCGAGCAUGCCAUAACCUCAUAUCUUCCCUCCACCGGUGGUAUUUAUGAUCACGCCCUCCCCCUUCUUCACCCAGAGCGAAAACGUGGCAGCGCUCCAAUUUCCCCCUUGACGAACGCCCAUCCUUUCCUCAUCACCCAUCAGCCAAACAUGAAGGCCGCCAGCAUUCUCGGAUCUGUCCUCCUGGCAGCUGUCUCCGUUCAGGGGCAUGUCGUCCCACAGGCCAGAGACACCCCGGUCGAGGACCUCGCGUCUGAGGAGCCAUCGCAGAUCACUUCGCUGCUUGAGGAAGCCAAGGCGAAAGUCAUCAACCAGGUCGCCCUCAAUGAGCGCAAGAUGCGCAAGCGCGGGCUUACGCCAUCUUGCACAGUUGACAAAUUGCGGUUUCGUCGGGAGUAUGGUUCUCUCUCGACCUCUGAGCGUCUCGCCUACGUCAACGCUGUCAAGUGUCUCCAGACCCUUCCCCCUCUCACACCUGCCAGUGUCGCGCCGGGAGCAAGGUCUCGGUUCGAUGACUUUAUCGUGACCCAUAUCCAGCAAACCCUCAACAUCCACUUCAGCGGCAACUUCCAGCCAUGGCAUCGGUGGUACGUCUACCAGUACGAGAAGGCCCUCCGUGAGGAGUGCGGCUACAACGGGUCUCAGCCCUACUGGGACUGGCCCAAGUACUCGUCGGCCCCUCAAGACUCCCCCCUCUUUAACGGCGACCCUUACAGUCUCGGUGGCAACGGGGAGUACAUCCCUCAUGAGGGCCCCGUCAUCGUGCCUCCUCCCGGCGUCGGCGGCGGCAACAUCCAGCUUCCCGCCGGCCUCGGAGGCGGCUAUGUCACGACUGGCCCCUUCGCCAACAUGACCAUCAACUUGGGACCCGUCGGUGGUCUGGAGGGAGUGCCUGCUGGUCCUCUCGGUGGUCUUGGUUACAACCCGCGCGGUCUCAAGAGAGACAUCGGCCCGGCUAUGAACCAGCGCUACGCCAAUUGGACCACCGUCCUCACCCUCCUCUCUCAGCCCAACAUUGAUGCCUUCCGCCACGUCUCCGAAGGUGUCCCCUACACCCCCGAGAUCGGUCCCCACGGAGGCAUGCACUAUAACAUCGGUGGUGAUCCUGGCGGUGAUCUCUUCACCUCCCCUGGUGAUCCCGCCUUCUGGGUGCAUCACGGCCAGAUGGAUCGCAUGUGGGCCGUGUGGCAGGCCCUGGGCUCUCCCUUCAGCACCAUCCGCUACACCGACCUGGGUUCUGGUCCUUAUGCCCACCAGAGCUGGGCCAACGAGCCUCCUUCCCCCUUGACUCCCCUGACCGAGGUCCUUGACAUGGGCUAUGCUGCCCCGUCGACCACCAUUGCCAACGUCAUGUCCACCACUGGCGGGGAGUUCUGCUACUUUUACCUCUAGCGCAGAUCGAGAUUAUGUAGAUUGGUAUGGGAGAUGAAUCCAGUGUGUGUAGUUGAUGUCUAAUGCCAAUGUCUUCU